CAACACUAUUGGCUGAGAGCGCAGCUUUACCUGUGGGAAGGUGUGCCAACCAGACAGACAGCAGGAUGAAUUGUUCUUUGCUCUGAUCCACUUCGGGGAUUUGAAUUCAUGCCCUUAAGAUCAUGGAUCCCGUAGCGUCUUGGAGCACCGAGAGAGUCACCGAGUGGCUCAAAGGUCUGGAUGCUCCUCUGCAGCAGUACUUAUUUUCUGAGUGGCAGCUCUCUGGCUCAGAUCUGCUGCAACUUUCCUCUUCCAGACUGGAGAAACUCGGAGUGCAUAAAAUCGGACAUCAGGAGCUUAUACUAGAGGCUGUGGAAAAACUCUGUGCUUUGACAUACAGUGUUGGGGGUGACAGUCUGCGCAGUUUGACGGAGAAGCUGCGUGCAGUGGCUCACACUCUGCAGAUGAGCAUACAGGGGCGCUGGCGUGUCAAUGCCAUUGACGGACAGAGCGCUACCAAGCUCCCACAACAGGUACUGCAAGCGGUGGUGGACGUGAUCACAGCAUCCAAUGGACUUGCAUCUAUGCUCAGCAGGUAUCAGUUUGCACAGCAGACUGGAUACACGGCUAAUGAGAAAGUCACCACUUUGUGUAAAGAUCUGGAUACCACAGUGCAUAAGGAAACCGCUGUGUUUGAAAAGGAGAAGGACAUCAUCUCCAUAUGUCGUCAGUUGGUAUCAGUGUGUGAUGAGAUUUUGACUGUUAGUCCAUUUACUCUUCUUACCCAUACUGCACAGCUGGAGAGUGUUGAACUGGUCCCUGCCUCACCUGGAGAUCACGUGGGAAUUGAGAUCACCACCACAGGAUCCAGAAAUCAUUUUGUCACUGGAACAGCAGCUGAGUCUCCUACAGAGAUCUGCGAGAAGAUUUUAGCGGGAGAUGAGGUCAUUCAGGUCAACGGACAGAUAGUAGUUGGCUGGAGCAGGGCAAACCUUGUUAAAAAACUGGAGGAGAAUCCAAAUGGAGUAACUCUGGUUUUGAGGAGGCUUCCGGGUUUCCUGAAACGCAAAGAGAGCCAAGCAAAGUCUGAGAGAGAGGAGGAAGAGGAAGAAGAGGAAGAGAAAAACAGACAUUCUCUUUUUGGGAGGGUGGCAGCUUCAGUCCGAACUCUGUCCUUCAGCUACUGUGAGGACAUACGAGCACUCCGCUAUCUCAGUAGAUCAGCAUCAGACAGCACACAUUUCAAACGGGAAAAAUCAGCGCUCUCUAGUAAUCAAAGCUCUGAUGAACAUCAGUCAAUCACCUUAAAACACCACCGGCCAGGGCCAGACUCUCAGCGUGUGAGUCGAAACAGUUUGGAAGUCAGUUCAUCUGCAGAAAGAAGUCCGUCCCCACAAGACCAGGAGCUCAAACGAGCCAGCACCAGCUCCUGUCCUGACAUGGCAGGACUAAGAGAGGAAAAGGAGAACAAGAAGGUCUCUACUAAAGGAACACGGACAGCGAUGAGCCGCAGGAGGGUGUCCUGUCGUGAACUUGGCCGGCCAGACUGUGACGGUUGGCUCUGGAAAAAGAGAAAAGAAGCAAAUGUCUUCAUGACUCAAAAAUGGCAGAGAUUUUGGUUUGUCCUGAAAGGUCCUACGCUGUAUUGGUAUACCAGCCAACAGGAGGAGAAGGCGGAGGGCUUAAUCAAGAUCGGCAGCUACAAUAUAGAGAGCGCAGGAGAACACAAGAGGAAGUACGUAUUUCAAAUGCGCCACCAGCGCUUCCAGAAUUUUUUCUUCGCUGCUGAUAAUGUAAACGACAUGAGCAAAUGGAUUAAUUGCCUAAUUGCAGCCAUUCAGAAACACAAGAAAUAUGUCCAAAGUCAGCCAGACAGCGAAGAAGACUGUUACAGUGAAACUGAAUCUGAGGAGGAAUCAUCACGUUCACCACUUUCUCAUCGGAAGAAACUCAAUACGAAAACCCAAACUCAAUCAAACACUCUUCCUCGAACGAAGGGUAAGCAGAACAGGAUGUCAGAGCCAUUAACUAUUUCACAAGCAGGGGGCAGUAAAAUUCCAGGAAAAUUAGAUGAGAUGGAUGAAAUGUUCCAUAGCCUGAAGAAAGGAGGAGUGUCUCUGAUUGGUCAGAAUCAGCCAACGACUCACGACCAGCUUCGUAAAUCCUUCAUUAAACGGAACAAAAACCCUGUUAUCAAUGAGAAGAUACACACACUCCGUGCCCUCCAGAGCACACUCAAGGCGAAGGAGGCGGAGCUUCACCUGAUUAACAAGAUCCUAGAUGAUUCUGAGUUCUCAUCGCAGAAGUUCCGUCAGUGGAAGCAGUGCAAUGAAGAGCUGCUGCAGGACAUUGAGAAACAGCACAAACAGGCAGAGUCGCCAAGCAUAGACACCAAGUCCAGGACCAACGACGAGGCAAGCGGACUGUCCCUGAGCGAUGGAGAACAGUUGGUAGAUGCAGAGACACCUGACGACGGAUGCUUCACUCCUACAGAUGCACAGGUGCUGAUGCAAACGCAGACCACAGUCAUGGGUGAAACACCUACAGAGAGCUUCUUUUACAUAUGACACGUGUACAGCCACUUUCCAUCUGUGCUGGAUUAAGACAAAUCGAGAAAUAAAAGUGCAACACUGGGACAAAUGUGUGGAGCCGAAUUGCAGCCAGAUGGCACAGAGCGAUGGCCGUUUCACAGGAAGAAAGAUCUGUUAUCUGGAGCUUUUCAGCUUCUUUAGUACUAGUGUACAUUCACUAUAAACUGUCACUGAAUGUAUGAUGAACUACAACAUGCUGGCAAAAGAACAAAUUUAACUUUUAGGCACUUGCUAAAGAAUUUUGAUUAUAUUGAUACAUGUAAUUUUAAAAGUAUAUUUUAGAUUCAUUAUAUUAUUAUGCAUAUUUGUUUUUACUCUAGGUGUGCGUGUAAGGUUUGCUUAAAUAUGUAAAAAAAAAUGUUUUAUGAAUGUUUUCGGUAUGUUCAGACACGUUAGAAAAGAAAGUAUUUCUUUUAUAUGAAUUUAUCCUUUUUAUUUUGUAGAUAAUUUCUGACAUUACAGAUCCUGAAAACAAGUUUAUCAGGCUCAGAAAAAUAUAUUUCCUGAGGAAAAAAAAAAUGAUUACCUCAACCUCGCAAUGCGUUUGUAUUAAAUGCCCAGCGUUGGUCAUUUCCCCAGAAUCGCCACAUAGUGGCGCACUCUGUUUUGUUCACGAGGUGUAGCAUAUGCCACCUGUUCAGUCUUUCAGUGUUUUUAUUCCAACACUGUAUGCAUGUGUAUAAUGGCUGCAUGUGUAUAUAUGUCGUUUUAUCUGAAGCUUCUCUCUUAGUCUUUUUAUUUUAUUCUAAAAUAUCACUGGCCAAAUAGCAUGAUUUUUUUUUUUUCAGUUGAUCAAAAGACAAACUCUUGUAGACAAAUGCGAAACGCAAAAUGUUAUAAUAAUUUAUUUCACGUUGCUGUUUAAUUUUUUUGUUCAUAGACGUAUGUAUAGACAGAUCAAAAAUGUAAAAAGAAAUAGAAAUUUGAGCUUUGUCAUUUGCCUUAUGUUAAAAUGUACUAUUACUGUGUUUAUUUUGAGCAAACCUCACUGCAUCUGUUCCUCUUAAAUUGGUUUAAAUGCUCAUUAAAUAUUUUUUUGGGCAAAAAAUAACUAAUUCUGUAACACAUUACUUAAAGCCUUUAUAUAUAAUGCAUUAUAAAUGUAUGUUUAAUGGAUAAAUUAUGCCUUGCAAUGUGCCUUAUUUUUUUGUUUUAUUGUAACAUUUGAUCAAAUAUUAUAAAUCAGUAAAAUGUUUAAUUGUUUCAAUCUAAAACAUAUCCACAUGUUUAAAAAAAAACUCAAGUUUUUUUUUAAGUAUUUGUUUUUUCUCAUUUAAACUGCUGACGUGACCUCUUGUUAUGUGAACUCUUGUUAUGUGGGAAUGUACUGGUCAGACUAUGAACAUACCAAAACAAGCUGUUUAGUGUAAAAUCAUAAGUUAGCAUGACAAAGACAAACCAACAGGGGCAGAUGUGAUUCAAGCAGUCUGACUUUUCACACAACAUGAGAAGCAGGAAAAAAUGCUUUGAUACAUUUAAUAAGUACCCUUACACAUAGGCAUUACUGUCAAUCACACAUAUUUUGAAACAAAACUAUUUACAAGUACAGUUAGUAAUUAGUAACACAGAUCUAUAUAUCACAGAUGAAUACUGUUUGUCCAAAUAUUAAAAAUGUGUAUCAGUCAUAAGGCUUACGAAUUGACACAACACAUGUCUCACGCAUAAGUGGGAAAGGUCCAAAUUGCCUACAGCCUUGUGGCACUAAAAGCCUAAUUCUUACAUUUCAGGACAGCUUUGGAAAGAACAAUACAAUACUGUCAUGAUGAACACUAAAAUCUGCCACAAAAUAAAAGUUAUAAUUUUGAAGACUGUGCCCUCUGUCACAUUUGCCAACUGUCAUAGGGGAUGUUUCAUUUCAGAAAAGUAACCAAUUAAAAAA